AUGCGCGGGCGCACCGCUACCGUCGCGUUAGCGCUCUGCUUUUCUAUUUCAAAUGCGUUCGAACCGUCGCGUGUGUUAGGUAUCGGUAUAUCUGAUCGAAUCGUACCAAAAAUUUUGGCUUGCGCACAAACACUAGGCACAACAAAAUGUUUAACAGCGUUCAGUGCAUGGCGCGCGCAAAAAGCAAUCAAAUCGAUUGCGGAGCAUGAAAAUAUAUCUUUGAACUCGGAUCUGCAACAGUUUCCAUGGCGGCGAUACACUAAUCAAUCAGAAGAGCAACUUUUUACGGAGCUGUGUGAUGGGACGGAAGCGUUGCUACAAUACCGCCGACUCGGUCUCAAUAUUAGUUCAGAUUACACUUUGCAAUUGGGUAGUAGCGGUAACGGAACGCUGACCGUUGAUGUUAUUAAAAGUGACGAAAUGAACACCGGCCGUGGCUAUAUGAAGAAAUUGCAUAAGAAAUUCUAUAACAUUGUCCCCUUACUAUUACUUCCUGGAUUAAUCAUGUCUGCAAUCCUGCCAUUCGUCUUGCCUGCUUUAAAAUUGAUGACAGUAGCGGUAGGAAUGUUAAACAACAUGGCGUUAUCAGGCGCAGUAUUUACGUUGUUAAGAAAUAACGCAUUUAACGAAGCAAAUAGGCAUAAAAUUGUUUAUGCCAACGUAGGAUAUCACAAUGAGAAGCAAUAUGCGGCGUCCAGUAAUCUACAUCACUCCCGAGCCAAAAGCCAUCCUUUAGAGUCAAAUGGCGAAAUCAUUGGUGAUUUUUCUCCAGAUUAUCAAGAAAACAUUUUUAUAAAUGGUAACACUGAAAUAAAAGAUAUCCCGUUAAAUGCAGACUUGCCUUGGGUGGAAAUUGAGACAUAG